AUCCUCCACUGUGCAACAUUGUCUCCGCGUCCGCGAGGAAGAUCUCUCCAGCGUGGCACCGUCUUCAGACAAGACUAGUAGACGAAUGGGCAGCCUUUAGCGGAUGAAGGCUUGAUUUUGAACGAAUUAUACACAUAGAGACCUCGUAUGCAACACGCUUGAGGAUUUACGGAUCCAUAUCAGAGAAAAAAUAGUGGGAUUUUGGUUCAUUUGUCGAAGGGCCCGGAUACAGCUUGAUACAGAUAGAGGGAUUCAACUCAGGUCUUUUCGUCCUGACAUGGACACAGGAAUUGUACCAGAAAAGAAAAGGGUGAGCUCGGAGCGUAGGAAGGAGAAGUCCAGGGAUGCAGCGCGAUGCCGGCGUGGGAAGGAGUCGGAGGUGUUCUACGAGCUGGCCCAGGAGCUGCCUCUGCCCCACAGCGUCAGCUCCAGUCUGGACAAGGCGUCAAUAAUGAGGCUCACCAUCAGCUACCUGCGCAUGAGAAAACUGCUCGGCACUGAUAAGCCAAUGGCAGAGGAAGAAACAGAGCUGGAUGUCCUACUCAACAGCUCCUACCUAAAGGCCCUGGAAGGCUUCCUUAUGGUGCUGUCUGAAGAUGGAGAUAUGAUCUAUCUCUCCGAGAAUGUCAACAAGUGCCUCGGGCUGGCACAGUUUGACCUGACUGGACACAGCGUGUUUGACUACAUACAUCCCUGUGACCAGGAGGAGCUGAGGGAGAUGCUGGUCCACAAAACUGGCUCCAAAAAGACCAAGGAACCAAACACAGAGCGCAGCUUCUUCCUCCGAAUGAAAUGCACUCUCACAAGCAGGGGCCGCACCGUCAAUGUCAAAUCAGCUACAUGGAAGGUGCUCCACUGCUCAGGUCAUGUUCGUGUAUAUUACAGCCACACUGAGCAGACUCCCAACGGGCAAAAGGAGCCACCUAUUCCAUACCUGGUUUUGAUCUGUGACCCCAUCCAACACCCCUCCAACAUUGAGGUCCCUCUGGACACCAAAACCUUCCUCAGCCGCCAUACAAUGGACAUGAAGUUCACAUAUUGUGACGAGAGGAUCACUGAGCUCAUGGGUUAUAAUCCAGAGGACCUGUUGAAUCGUUCUGUGUAUGAGUACUAUCAUGCUCUGGACUCGGACCAUCUUACCAAGACUCAUCACAACUUGUUUGCAAAGGGCCAGGUCAGCACAGGCCAGUACCGGAUGUUGGCCAAGAGAGGAGGCUUUGUGUGGGUGGAAACCCAAGCCACUGUCAUCUACAAUAACAAGAACUCCCAGCCACAGUGCGUUGUCUGUGUCAACUUUGUGCUCAGUGGCAUCCAGGAGGAAAAACUGAUCUUGUCUUUGGAGCAGACUGAGGACGUAAAGCCAGUGAAGGAGGAGGAGGAGCAGGAGGAAGAAAAGGAUGUAGUCGAGAGCAGCCCGUCCGAAAUGUCUCCAAUCCUGCUGAAGGAGGAGGAGAAGGGCCCAAAGGUGAAUGUGUUCAAACUGUUGACUGAUAUGGUAAAGACCCAGCCGCUGGCUAGCCUCUAUGACCAGCUGAAGGAAGUGCCUGAGGCUCUCACCCUGCUGGCCCCAGCUGCUGGAGACACAAUCAUCUCCCUGGACUUCAGCUGCCCUGAUUCAGAGAUCCAGCUGCUGAAGGAUGUCCCUCUCUACAACGAUGUAAUGCUUCCCUCCACGAGUGACAAGCUGGCUCUGCCUCUUUCCCCUCUGCCGCCCAGCGAGCCUCUCCAUGUCACCACCACCACCACCACAACCUCUGAGGAUACAAAAGACGGGGACUAUGCUCCAGCCCCAUCCACUACACCAACCAGUUCCGCAGAGGCUGAGAGUCCGCUGGAGUUUUGUUUCCCCAUGGACUCCGAAAUGAGCUCAGAUUUCAAACUGGACUUGGUGGAGAAGCUGUUUGCCAUUGAUACAGAGCCCAAGACCCCCUUCACCACACAGGCGAUGGACGACUUGGACCUGGAGAUGUUGGCUCCCUACAUCCCCAUGGACGACGACUUCCAGCUGCGCUGUCUGACCCCAGAGGAGCCUCUGUCUUGUGGACCAGUCAAAUCCCUUCAGAGUUCUCCAAUCCACAUCACACAGGACAUCCACAGCUAUCCCAGCUCCCCAUUCAUCUCACCAGGCAGUCGCACAGCUUCCCCAGCACCGCCUGAGCCAGUAAACGCCCUUCAUCUUGCCACCAUCUUUGCUAAGAGCACCCCGGACAACACAGUGUCGCUCAGGACCCAGGCAGCUCAGAGCACACAGCGCAAAAGAAAACUGGGUGACAUAAAAGAGAUGAUUGGACAGGAAACUCUGCCUCAGGAACAACUGAAGCAGGGCAAAAAGCUGAAGGCCUCCGAGUCGGGAACAACCAGGACCAUACUUCUGUUGCCUUCAGAUAUGGUGAGUCGUCUGCUGGGCACCACGUCGGAGAGCACCGGCACCCUCUUCACGCUGCCGCAGCUCACCCGCGACGACUGCGAGGUCAACGCCCCCUUACAGGGUCGUCAGUAUCUGCUGCAGGGGGAGGAGCUGAUGCGUGCUCUGGACCACAUCAACUGAGUGAAUGCUUAGCCUGCUCACUGCUGAACUAGACUGGACACUACAAUUUCUCCCCUACAUUGUCACUCCCUCUCCCCUUCCCCCACCCCAAACCCACCUAACCGUACCCCACUGCCCUUUAUUUAUGUAUCUACGAAUUUGACUAGUUUGGCUGCUGUUUGUGCACAUCAUGAUAUCUGCAGCAUUCCACCGUGACAAACACCAUAGCAGCAUCUGAAUUUUGGUGCAAGGGAUUCAGGCAUCAUAAGAUGUCCAAUUGUUGUUUUUUUCCUUUUUCUCUCUCUCUUCCGGGGAGUCUCUCAGCACACAGCGCCUCGACAGAUGACCCUUUUCCAGCAGGUCACCACAGAACCUGGCGCUACUGCCAGCAGUGUAUUGUAAGCUUCAGUCGCACAAUUUAUAUUUUCUUAAAACGAAAAAUAUUACCAGCAAUAUAUAUUAAGCCUUUUUAAAGUCAUUUUAAUGGGAUUUGAACAAUUUUAUUUUUCCUCCCAUACUUGUAUGUUGUAGUACUUGUACCUAACAAGAUGUCUUUAGUCCAGAAGUAUGAACAUGUUGUUUAAACCGUAGAUGGUUUGAAUGUUAUCUCCAUUUAAUGGCUCAGUCUUUGAGGUAAAUGCAUUUAAUUGUGUAGCAGUCCAGUACAUGUCACUUUAUUACUUUACUGUAAGUGUGUGUUACUGUACAUAUACCAGGGAAAAUUUAACUUACUCAGUAUGGCUUCACAGCUUUGACUCUUUACUCUCAAAUGAAAUCUGUGAGUAACUUUUGUUUGUGUCUCAUCAUGGAAGAUUGGCAUUUUUCUCAACAUGUAGUGAAUUCAUGUUUUUGGUUUUUACUGCACGCAACAUACCCAUGAGUGGAAUCUCACCAAAUUCAUAUUUUACUUGUGAUCAUUAUCAUCAUAGCAGCAUCCGUGAGUUGUCAAACUUGUUUGCUCAAUUAAUGGUAGUCAGUUUAAUAACAUUAAUCCAUGCCAUAUUGUUGGGUCUCUUAUGCUUCCUUGUUGCGUCUCUUAUGCUUGUUGCUGUUUAACAUUAAAUAGCUUUAAUAAAGUA